GAGAAUUUAGACGUCAGCCAAGCACCCCCAAGAUCAGAGGUCGUCAUUCACUUAGGGCGCAACACUCUUCGGACAAAGGUCUUUCAGAGUUCAGACUUAACGUAGCCUGAAGCUUUAGGUAUAGCGCCAUGUGCAUCAGCGACUCAUGGCCCUGUACCGCCUGUCCCGUCGUUGCUUCCCAAUCCCAUGUAUCCGUACACUGUUCCGUCCCACGUGGUGUCAGGUGAUUUUUGCAAUACAGCCAACGCAGUGUGUCAAGCCAGCAGAUAGAGUGCGACGAAGAGCUUCGCAACUCUUCUCCGCUGUCAGGAUGAACAGAGCAGCGGGUUCAAAAGUCCGUUUCGCAAGAAGCACAGACAUCCAAGCAGCAGUACUGAGUGGCCACACCAGCCAUGGGAUCAUCCACCCACCUAAGGCAGGACCUUCCAAGGCCAAUUCUCCAGAGGACGAAAGGGAAGUCACGGAUAGAUGUCACAGAGAAGAAAAGCGCACAUUUCAUGGAUGGUUGACAAUCACCGUGCAGGCUACACUUGAACCACCCGAAGCAUGGAAGGAGCCUGCAAACCGGACUGUACAUUUUUUUUGGAAUUUCCUUUUUGAUAACAAAAUCCAUGCAAUGACUGUGAUAUGGCCCGCUUUGUAGGACCUCGCCUUUUGUUCAGCAGAGACUUCAACUGC